CUAAAGUGGCAGAAGUCCUUUAAAGGCAUGCUGACACAACUUUACGCUCAAGUUAGCAGGCAUGUCUUCGCUUCGGAUAAACUUCCAUUUAAGUCGUACCAUUACCGCUGCAGCAGCGGACUUUUUCGCCUUGCAGCCACGACAGACCUUGGCUCUUUGCAGCGACAGACGAGGCCUUUGCAUAAAUCCGAACAGAAAGUGCUCAGGGAAACGCUACAAUGUACCACCGAGCGCCGAGUUUGUUGCCAGGGUGGCCGGGAUCCCCACCAUGGCCAAAUUACCUUACCAGGACACCGCAGAAGGGCUUGAUGCAGCGUUUGUUGGCGUCCCAAUUGAUACCGGGACCUCGAACCGACCUGGCGCAAGGUUUGGCCCACGACAGAUCAGAGUUGAGUCGGCCAUGCUGAGGGCUUACAACAGUGGCACCAGGGCAGCACCUUAUGAGUCCCUCAUGGUUGCUGAUAUUGGGGAUGUGAACGUUAAUGUAUAUGACCUGAAAGACACUUGCAAACGCAUCAGGGAGGCCUACAGAAAGAUCCUGGCCACUGGCUGCAUCCCACUAACUAUGGGUGGCGAUCACACUAUUGCUUACCCAAUCCUGCAAGCCGUUGCUGAGAAGCAUGGCCCAGUGGGUUUGAUCCAUGUGGAUGCUCAUGCUGACACCAGUGAUGUGAUAUUGGGGGAGAAAAUAGGCCAUGGGACUCCAUUCAGACGAUGUGUGGAGGAAGGAUUACUGGACUGCAAGAGAGUGGUCCAGAUUGGCCUUCGGGGUUCAGGCUAUUCUCCCGACUCAUAUGAAUGGAGUCGGGCACAGGGCUUCCGUGUUGUGCAAGUGGAAGAGUGUUGGUACAAAUCUCUUGCGCCUUUAAUGGAUGAGGUCAGGAAUCAGAUGGGCAAAGGUCCAGUAUACCUCAGUUUUGACAUUGAUGCUCUUGACCCUGGCUUUGCUCCUGGAACAGGCACACCUGAGAUAGCAGGGCUCACUCCCAUACAGGGAGUUGAGAUUAUUCGGGGAUGCCGUGGUCUGAACCUUGUUGGAUGUGAUCUAGUGGAGGUGUCACCACCCUACGACACCACAGGAAACACUGCAUUGACUGGGGCCAACCUCCUCUUUGAAAUGUUAUGUGUUCUCCCAAAAAUUAAGUACUAUUGAUAGCAUAGAAGAGAAUAAAAUGUGAAGUUUUGGAAAAACUCGGACAAUCAAAUUUUGGCACAGUCAUGCUUUUCACUCUUGAAUGACACUAAAAUAUCUGAGGGUAAUUACUGUCUUAUAAAUUGCGAACAAAAUGAUGAGUAUGCCGCAGUGGACACAAGUUUUGAUUCUGUAAGUAUCGGCUUCAUUAGGAAAUCCUGCACUCAUUCAACAGCGCAGUGCUGCAGUUGAGUUUUAAGACCAUGACAACUUAGUGCCGUUUGGGUGUACAGAAAUGUGAAAUUCAGUAUUCACCAAUGUGCAUUUAAGGCAAGAAAGACAAACCGGUCAGUGAUUUAAACUAACUGCUGCUUUUAGUAAAUACAUAAGGAAAUA